UCAACAGCGUGUUGUCCGCUGUUGUUGCCGUUGUUGCCAUGGCGACUGUGAAGCUAAACAAACAAGUCUCCGAGAAGGUGAGAGAGCUCAACGCACUGGGCACGUUUUUGACUGAUGUUCGACUCGGAGCCGUUGCCCGCAAGCUCUCGGAACUACCCAUGGAGAAGGCCUUAGAGGUUCUCCAAAGUGUGGUAGAUGCAGCUGAAGGGGGAGAUGAAUCAGCACAGCAAGAUCCCACUAUGGCUGUCAUCGAGGCUACCAAGAAAGCUCAGAAGGAAGAUCAAGAGCAAGUGGAGAUUGAAGCCGAACCGGUGCCCGAGCCAGAAGAGCCCCCACAGGAGUCGCAAGAUGGGAAAUGGAAUCAGAAAUCAGGCGGCUGGAACGACAAGAAGUGGGGUGAGGAAGGUGAGGACUGGAACAAGGAUAACAAGGAGGACUGGAAAGAUGAGGAGGACUGGAAAGAUGAUGGCGAGGUUCCAGACCUCACAGAGCCGGUCCGUAAUCGCGUUCUGAAAUUGAACGCGUCUGGUAAGCUCUGCUCUGAGAUUGACCUGGACAAGAUUGGAAGUGGUCUUGCCAAACUGUCUGAGCCAAUCGCACUACAGCUCUUGAAAGACAUUUUUGAGAACGCUGACAUGGUGGACAAACCCAAUCACCUGAUUGGAGACGCCAGCAGGAAGAUUCUCCUCAGCGGCCGUGGAGCUGCGAGUGAGAAAGUUGCGCAUCAGAUCGGAAAUCUGAUGAGGCGCAUUCGAUGGGUGAACUCCAAUGUUUCUUUGGCCUUUCCGUUGCACAUGGGAAAUGUUCUGGAUAUUCUUCAGCCACUUCAUCAUGCAGAUGCUAUGCAGUUGCUCAAGAAGCUGGUGCAGCAAGCAGACGAUAUCGACUCGCCACAGUCCUGGCUGAGAAAAGAGGCAAAACACAUUCAAGACAAUCCGGAAGAAGGAUGGGCAGCACAGAAAGGAAAGGGCAAAGGGAAUGACUGGAAAGACAAGGACAAGGACUGGAAAGACAACGGGAAACAGAAGGCUGGCGGGACCAUCCGCGCGGCCCCGGCCACAGCUUAUGGUGACGCUUGGGCACGGCACAUGGCAACAUCCCAGGGCUGGCUAGCGGGAAGCCCACCUGCGAAGUGGCAAAAGACCGGGAAUUCUUGGGACGACAACAAGAAGCCGUGGGAAAAGAAGACUUGGAAGGAUUGGGGCAAGUCAGAGGCCUGCAACCCUGUGCAGAGCUGUUUGAAGAUGUUUCAAGCCUUUCCGUGAACACGACAAGUUGAGACAAACUGCAGAUUGCGUGGUGUAGGAAGAUCAUACACGAUGAUGCACGAUCUCUUGCGCACAGAGGGAAGGUCCAAAUGUAUCCAAAUGUAGAGUCAGAAAGUCAGAUCUCUGUAUUUUGUAAGGAAGAUGAAUGGUCCAAGGACAGGGAGCCUCAGUGGCUGGUGGUAUUCGUGUUGGGAACCUGUGAGUCAACGCUGGCAGAUUCACGUCGGCCAACCCGAAUACUCUUAGGACAAAUCACUUAUCGUCGUGGUGACUUUCUUGCAGCCAUGGGAAUGGUUCGUUGUGCUUGCUGGGAGCGGUCCUACAUGCGCCUCCCAGCAAGUGCGUCAAUUUUCAAGCCUGCAGGAAAUUAAAGCAAAGAAGGGCUGGAAGUGAUGCGCCGAUGCGUUCUUGAACCGCUGAGACUUGAGCUGCCUAGGCUUGAAUCGCAAGGUCC